AUGAAGAUGACGAUGAUGAUGACGGGCAGAGGCAACUAUUGCACAGCGUCAAACACGCCCGAGUGCAAGGUCAAUGCGUCGUGCGUGAGCAACAACUGUGUGUGUGAUGCGGGCUACGGCAUGGCCGACUGUGGCACUAAGCUGAUAGACAUCGAUUGCGGCCCGCUGGUCCCUGCUGUGCCAGGCGGCCUGAUGGCGUGCACUCCAGCAGCAUCAACCAUGUUCAACUCUUCGUGCUUCUUCUCAUGCUCGACCGGAUACACCCGCUCGGGAUCGCAGACCCGCCGCUGCAACGAGCUGGGCUUCUGGACUGGCUCCCCGUCGGUCUGCACCCCAGUCUGCAGCCCUGCAUGCGCCAACGCCACAUGCACCGCCCCUAAUACCUGCUCCUGUAUGGACGGGUACAACAAGACUGCAGACUCGACAGAAAGCCACGUCUGCACCCCAGUCUGCUCGCCGAGGUGCCUCAAUGGCGGCGCCUGCAUCGCGCCGAACAAGUGCCUCUGCCCGGCAAACACCGUCGGCCUCACAUGCUCCUCGCCGGAGGAGGCUCGCUCCAUCCGCCAGCGCAUUGCCGACGCCUCGCAGCCGUUCAACCCGUCGUCGUACAAGUUCUACGUUACCUGGUCGCUCCUCCUCGGCGCCUGCAUCUGCGCCGCCCUCCUCUUCCGCCACCACCGCAAGAACAAGGCCGCCGCCAAGAUCGCGCCUGCAAGCGGUGGCGACGCCGAGACCGGCACACCCCUGCCGCAGGACCCUUCUUUGCAGCACGACCCACAGCACCGUCCGUCGACCCUGCCGCCGUUGCCUGGCCGGCAGACCGAGUCCAACAAGCCGGCCGGCCUGUGGACAUGA